UUUGGUUUCGGCAGAUUGUGAAGUCCGUUGGUUGACAUCUCAACGACAUGUUGACGGUGGCGUCGGAUGACAACAAAAUGAAAUUCAGGAAAAUGCAAGCGCAUUGUGGGUUGAUUGACAUGGCGCUCUUCCUUCUGUGUACAAUUCACAGGCUCAGCGUCAGGCUCGCCUACAUUUUCUCCUACAAUCUGUUCCAGUUCUGCGGACACACGUGGAUACUCGCCAACACGGUCGUCCGCUUCAUCACCUUCGGACGAGAUGCCCUGGCGGACACGUUCCACUCGGUGGGUUUCGUCAUGAGCCUGUGCCAGCUGCUGUCCGUCUUGGAGAUUUUCCACAUCGCCGACCGGCUGGAGCGAGCCAGGCUGCUCCCGCGCCUCGUCCAAGUUUUCGAGAAGAACCUCCUGCUGAUCGUGCUGGUCCACUUGGACGAGGUUCAGAGCAAACCCGUCGUGUGCGUGCAGCUCUUCUUCUGGAACAUCUUGGACCUGCUCAGGUACCCCCACGAAGUGAUGCGCAUCAUGGACGCCCCCUCGGCUGCCGUGCUGUGGGCCCGUUACACUCUGUGGAUUCCCAUCUACCUCCUCUCCGCCGUCACUGAAGGGGUGACGAUCUGCCACGCGAUGCGCUACGCGGAGCAGGAGGCGCUCCGACGAGGGAGCUCGACAGCUUGGCCGCAUGGCCUCGGGAUGUCGCUGCCUCUCCUCGGCUUGGGAGCUUCGCUCACAGUGUGGCAGUCGCUCAAGGAGAGACGACAUCAGCUGGAGAGGUGGACCAAGACGACAAAGAGGAAAUGAUUGAAUGAUAACUCCCCCCCCCCCACCCCCCACAC